AUGACACACGUAUACGAAGAAGAAUCUAAACUACAAAGUUAUUGGGAUUUAGAAACAAUCGGUAUCAAAGAUGACUCGUCGAAAUCGGACAUUAAUGUUGAUAACUUCGAAAUCUUUCGUGAUACUCAUCUGCGAGUGGAAAACGGGAAGUACAUAGCUCGGUUACCCUGGAAACGUGACCACCCACCGCUUCCCACCAACUACGACAUCACUGAGAAACGCACUCGCGCCAUGGUCCGUAAAUUGACACCGAAACUUUUACAAACUUACGAUAAAAUCAUCAAUGAUCAGAAAAGCCGAAACUUCAUUGAAGAAGUAACAGAUGACGACAAUACACGCGGCCAUUAUUUACCGCACCACUCAGUGAAAAAGGAUUCAAUUACAACACCUAUACGAGUAGUUUAUGAUUGUAGUUGUAAAUCGCGUGAUUCUCCGAGUCUAAAUGAUUGUUUAGAAACCGGACCCUCCCUUCUGAAUGAUCUCACUUCAAUUCUACUUCGCUUCCGCGUCAACCGCUUUGCAUUAACUAGUGAUAUAGAGAAGGCAUUUUUGAGGUUGGAUUAG